AUGAGCUUCAUUGUAUUUAGUAUUUCUUGUCUGGUGUUCGUCUCCAGCUUAGUUUCGCUUGGAUUGCGCCUUUAUUCUAGAAAGUUGACGAAAGCGGGCCUCGACUGGGACGAUGGACUCAUCGUGGCCGCGGAAGCUAUCGUGAUCGCACUGUUUGGCCUUUCAAUCUACCUAUGGGACCCGGGAUGGAGUCGAGAUUCGUUACGCGAGUUAGGACAUAGUAGUCAUACUGUACUAACUCUUCUCCUUCUCUUCGAAGUUCUGCACCUGACAGCGAUGUUUCUCGCAAAACUCAGCGCCCUAUAUCUCUACGCACGAAUAUUUAUACAAGAUAAAUUCCGCUUGGCAUGUAAGCUUGCCGCAGUUACGGUCAUACUUAUAUAUAUCGUCAUGUUUGUGGAUGUCAUGACAGUCUCAGACAUCGCGAUUGCCCUUUGGCAAAAUCCCAUCAUAGGGGGUCCGUCUAGCAUGAAAGCCGUCGACGUUACUGUUUCCAUUUUGAACAUAGUGGGAAACGCGACUAUCCUUUUCUUACCAAUACCCCCUAUAUGGAAAUUGCAGAUGAAAGUCAAAACCAAGAUCAACUUGACUAUCGUCUUCUGUCUUGGGAUCUGUGUUGCCGUGGUCUCCUGUAUUCGCCUGUCCUUUGUAAUACGACAGGACUAUGAUACCGAUACACUCAUGGCUUACGGUAGCCGCGAUAUGCACCUCAACGUUCUCGAGCCCGAACUAGCCAUUUUCUGUCUUAGCCUCCCUAUCAUACGACCACUUUGGCUGAAGUUGCGUGAAAAAUAUCGUGCCGCCAGAGGACAGCCCUGCGUUGACGACAAGUCGAGUAUCGCAGCUGCUUCCGGCCAUGAGAAUGACGAUGAUAGAAAUCUUGUGAGUUGGAAGGAAGUCAUAGCGGGAGACACCUCGAAAUACGAUAUUUACAUCCAUGGAGGAACGUCAAAAGCGACAGGAACCAAGCCAGGCCAAUCCCCGUAUAGACAAAGGCUACAGCCUCGUUUCGCCGCAAGUCCGCAUAGGCAGCCCAUGCCACCGCAGUCCUCUCAAAUCAAAGUCGAUAAGAGUUGGAGUGUUUCUUAUGAGUCGGCCUCACUUAUGCGCUGA